AUGUGCCAGCGCACUCCAGUGACCAUUCCAGCUUUUCCAGCACUUCCCAGUGUGCGCAAGCGUCACAGCGGCCAAUCCAUCUUCCGUAUGACCCAGCUCUUUCCCAGUGCGCUGACCGAAGUGCCAGUGAAUCCCAGCGAGCACUACAUGAAGCCCGCCGAGAGGAUGUACCUGCCGCGUCCCACACGGCGGUACUACUGCAGUGACUGCACUCAGCAGUUCACGGUGUACAGGGUAAGGUGCCUGGAUGAUGGCCGUUGGUAUGCGGUCAAGGUAGCCAACCGCCAGUUUCGGGGCCAGCGUGAUCGUCGGCUGCAGCUGCAGGAGGUUGCCAAGCACGAGCUACUGCCACCGCACCCGCACUGUGUGCGUUUCAUCAAGGCCUGGGAGGAGGACUCCCGCUUGUACAUUCAGACUGAGUUGUGCGAGUGCACCCUGGCUGCCUACGCUGAGAAGCACCACAACUUGCCCGAGCAGCUCGUAUGGGAGUUUCUGGUCGACCUGCUGCUGGUCGUGAAACACAUGCACGGCCAUGAUCUGGCCCACCUGGACAUCAAGCCAGAAAACAUCUUCAUCUCCAAAGAUGGCUACUACAAGCUGGGCGACUUUGGUCUCGUCCUUGACCUCAAUCAGGAUAACUCCUCAGAACCUCGGGAUGGUGACCCACGCUACCUCGCACCGGAGCUGAUGGACGGCAAUUUCACGAAGGCAGCCGACAUCUUCAGUCUAGGCAUCACGGUGCUCGAGCUGGCGUGUGAUCUAGAGCUGCCCAGUGGAGGUGAAAGCUGGCACGCUCUACGUUCUGGAAUUCUACCCCAUUACUUCACACAAAGUCUUUCACCACAGUUGCGUGUUGUGAUAGAGCAGAUGCUACACCCCGACCCUGAGCAGCGGAUCACAGCCGACCAGCUGCUGGCCCAGCCGGCCAUUUAUAGGGUGAGCCGUUGGCGAAGGCUCUAUGUGGCACGAAGGAGAGCGGUCGGCUGGGUGAAAGACCUGCUGCUACUGACCUGGUUCUGGGUGCAGCCGUUCCUUGAAGGCGCCUGGAGCUGGGUUUUUUCCUGCAUCAAGAUGCCCCUCCCAACCAGCCCUCCCAGUGUCACUCGUCGGACACCAGUCCAGAACGCCAUUUUCUCCGAUGGUCUGUGA